GUCUGGCAGAAGCGGAGGAGCCGCCGCUGCCAGACUUGGCCGAGAACGCGCUGGCACUAAUUGGGGCUGCACGGAAGCUGCUGGGGGUGGACCGCCGCCGCCGCCGUGGCAGCAGCAGCAGCAGCGACGGCGACAAGGAAAUCACACAAGGAGCAGCAGCAGCAGGGCUCAGGCCCAGCUAGCAGCGUCAAGUCGUCACCGGCGGACGGCGCGAAAACCUCGCUCGCCAUUUACUGUGCCCUGAAGAGGUACAUGCGCGGAACGGCGGACCAGCGCUGGCAGUUGCUGGCACGCGAGCUGUUCAUGCCGGCGCUGAGCAGCCUGCAGCCUGCGGUCGCAGUGUGUGGCAGCCACAGCGGCGGGUCGAGCGCCGGCAAGGCCAGCGGUGGCGGGGCGAGCGCGGGCGGUGGCAGUGGCGGCUUCUGCCUGUCGCCGGCCGUCUCUGAGUUGGAGGUGGAUAGACUAUCGCUGCGUGCCUCCGGCAGCUGGGCGGACUUGACCUUGGUGGAGACCAAGACCAGCAGCAAGGGCACGUCCGCCGCCAUUCCGCAGCUCAAACGCUCGGCGAUGGUCCUGCUGUGCGGCUACCACGUCAUACGCCAGCGGUCGGCCACGCUCUGGCACCAGCUUCCCGUGGACGUCAAGGCGCGCGGCGUGGUGGCGUGGGCCAGGGUGGAAGGCAACCCACCGCAAGAGCCUGUGAAGCUGCGCCCGGCGUGUGGCCCUGCCCAGGUGCUGGACGUGGACGUGUUCUCAGCCCAGGACGUGCUGCAGACCAGCCGUCGCAGGGUGCUCCACCGCUGGCAUGGCGACAGGAUGACUUCGUUUGGCAGUGAGGAGUGCUGCGUGUAGCCAGUGAGGAGUGCUGAAUGUAGCCAGUCGUAGGUGUACGUUGUGCAGGUUGUAUGAGGUUUCAUUCACAUUCAUUUGGGCGGGAAUUAUGCGGAUGUGGCCGACGGGUCUGCAGAGGACAGCACUUCGCGUUAACUUUGCCCCUGAGGCGCAGGGAGACCAGGCGACCAGGAGACCGUGACGGACAGGUCGCCUGCCUGCCUGUGCCUGCCUGAUGCCUGCGUCGACAAAAAGUGCCAAAAGCGGCGCAAGCGCGCAGGCUGAGGAGCCGGCUGGUGUCUAGGUAGCGGUCCGCGGUGGGGCUGGCCAGGGCAUGCGUAGCGGCAUGACAAGUAGUGCGGCUGUCGACAACUGUGCUGCGUCUGGCUGCGGUUGGCUCUGCUGUGGCAUCGCGAUUGCUAGGCACCGGGUUUGGAUAUGUGCCUGUGGAAACCGAUCCCGGCUAUGUUGGGGCGAUGAGGUUGUUCGGCCUCAGACUGUGGAGGGGCUAAGCCCCUUUUCCCGUGACCGGGAAACACUUGUCGGAAACACUUGUCGGAAUGAAAUUCCCGCGUGAUGCAGCGGAGAAUGUGGCGCAAAGCAGUGUGGCGGGCACGUGAGGGUGCAUGUUGUAGUGACGGGCACAUGUAACACACAUUGAAG